AUGGGCUCGGAGAACAGUGCUUUAAAGAGCUACACACUGGAAGAGCCGCCGUAUACCUUACCAACUGGACUCACAAUUUACCCAGCUGUACUGCAAGAUGGCAAGCUUGCCUCGGUCUUUGUGUAUAAAACAGAGAAUGAAGACACAGUUAAUAAAGCUGCCAAGCACCUGAAAACCUUGCGCCAUCCUUGCCUUUUGCGCUUCCUCUCUUGUACCGUGGAAACAGAUGGGAUUCACCUGGUUACAGAGCGUGUAAAGCCUUUGGAGAUGGCACUGGAGAUGCUGUCCUCAGAUGAGAUCUGUGCAGGGAUCUAUGACUUAUUGCUAGCUCUCAUCUUCCUUCAUGACAGGGGAAACCUAACGCAUAACAACGUCUGUUUAUCAUCUGUAUUUGUAAGUGAGGAUGGGCACUGGAAACUAGGAGGAAUGGAAACAGUUUGCAACCUUAGUGAAGCCACCCCAGAGUUCCUGUGUGGUAUCAAGUCAGUGCGAGACCAGGCAGCCAUCCCUCCUGAAGAGAGGUCUGCAGAUUUCAAAAUUCUUCCUGAGAGCCACGGACAUGCCCGGGAUGCCUAUUCAUUUGGAACAAUGGUUGAAAAUCUGCUGACAUUCUUAAAUGAUCAAGUUUCAGCGGAUAUUCUCUCCAGUUUUCAACAGACCUUGCACUGUACGCUGCUGAAUCCAGAUCCGAAGUGCCGUCCACCACUGUCCAGCUUACUGUCUCAUGAGUUCUUCAGAAAUGAUUUUCUGGAAGUUGUGAACUUUCUGAAAAGUUUAACCUUAAAGACUGAGGAGGAGAAAACUGAAUUUUUCAAAUUCCUGAUGGAUAGAGUGGCCUGUUUGUCAGAGAAGCUGAUAGCUUCACGGCUGGUGCCUCUCUUACUCAAUCAGCUUGUGUUUGCUGAGCCAGUAGCUGUCAAGAGUUUCCUUCCACAUCUGCUAGGUCCAAAGAAAGAUAAAACUGGAGAAAGUGAGACCACCUGCCUGCUGUCACCAGCCCUCUUCCAGACACACGUCACUCCUGUGUUGCUGAAGCUGUUUGAGGUCCACGAAGAGCACGUGCGAGUGGUGCUGCUGUCUCACAUUGACGCCUACGCAGAACUGUUCACGCAGGAAGAGUUGAAAAACAUCAUAUUGCCACAGGUGCUACUGGGCCUUCGAGAUACCAGUGACUCUAUUGUUGCGAUAACGCUGCAUGGCUUAGCGGUUCUGGUCUCUCUGCUUGGACCUGAAGUGGUUGUGGGGGGUGGAAGAACUAAGAUUUUCAAACGCUCCGCACCGAGUUUCACUAAAACUACGGACCUUUCGCCAGCAGACUCCCCAACUCACGUUAGCAACCAGAGAAGUCAGCUCUCCCAGCCCCUACAGAACAACUCUUCCAGUGUGUUCCCCAAGUGCCCCAUCGCUGGAAGCGUGUCCCUCAGCAGCGAGAAACAUGUGCCAAGAAAAGACUCUCAGGUGGCCUUAAAGACAGGUAAACCUCCAGAGCUUUCUUACUGGAGCAACCCUCAGCUAUCCCUGAAUGGAGAUCCUGCUGCGAUGAAUACUGUGGGAAGCAGCAGGAGCCCUUUGAGUACUUCUGAAAAGCCAACAGAGGAAUGGCCAGACUGGAGUGAGUCCGAAGAGCCCGAGACUCAGAAAAUUGUGAACAUACAGCUCCGGCCUAUGGAGCCACAUGGCAGCACUGGGCCCUAUGUUGUUGAUCAUAAUGUGGACAAGGAACCCUCGGACAACUUUGAGCCCAGCAGCCCUGCUCCUAAACUGUUCUCAGGAAACAGCCUCAAUGCUACGAGAGCUGAUGGAGUCCAAGUGCAGAGGCCAUUCCCUGGUGCCCUUCAGCCGAGCAAAGAAUCCAAAAGCUUCAAACCCAGUCCUCCCCCAAUGUCCAGCCCUGUGAAUUGCUGGAGCAAUGACAGCUGGGACCACCCAGACCAGCUGAGAGAAACCGCAUUCCUGGAAAGGUCUCCCAAGUCUCCAUGGGAGUCUGGCUUAGGAGAAGAGUUCACAAUCCAAGUGAAGAGGAAACCAGUGCGAGAUCCUGAGUUGGACUGGUUUGCUGACAUGACCCCAGAUAUUAAACCAUCUGCAGCUUUCCUGAUUUUACCUGAAGUGAGGACAGACUCGGUUGUUCUUAGUCACUUAAGUGCAGUUUCCAGUGGAGAGGAUACCUCCCAGAUAGUGCAAUUUUCAUCCAAAUUUGCAGCAGCUGCAGUCACUGAGGCUGAAACUGCAGGCUGGGCUGAAGAGGAAGAGGUGAACUGGGAAGAUGAUACGAACUGGUGAUGGAUGGGGAAAAAACAAGGGCGGUCUAUGGCCUAUUGCUUCCAGGAUGUGUUAGAUUAUUACCUCACCAACACGGCAGGCGAGAGCCCAAUGCAGCCUAUCUUCCUAUACCAGGAUGCUCCUUUUCCAGCCUGUGCUGAAGCCAUAUGUACAAGUGAGGUGCAUAGCCCUGGCUAGUGGAAAUUGGAAUAGCUUGAAUGGUUUGUGUGUUGGAGCUGAAAGAGUGAUUUAUACUUUUCUGUUUCAGGAAUCAUCACUGCUCUGGAAAACUCUUGAAAAUAAAUGAAAAUUGCAUUAGUUCAGAUAAA